AUGGCGUACAAAGUAGAUCAUGAAUAUGAUUAUCUGUUCAAGAUUGUACUCAUUGGAGACUCUGGUGUUGGAAAAUCCAAUAUACUGUCUAGGUUUACAAGAAAUGAGUUCUGUCUUGAGUCUAAAUCUACCAUUGGUGUUGAAUUCGCUACCAGAACAAUACAGGUGGAAGGGAAGACAGUGAAGGCACAAAUAUGGGACACUGCAGGUCAAGAGAGGUACAGAGCAAUCACAAGUGCAUAUUACCGGGGCGCUGUUGGUGCUUUACUGGUGUAUGACAUAACCAAGCGACAAACAUUUGAGAACGUGCAAAGGUGGCUUCGCGAACUGCGAGACCAUGCAGAUUCCAACAUUGUUAUCAUGUUAGCAGGAAACAAAUCUGAUCUGAAUCAUCUAAGAGCAGUAUCUUCUGAAGAUGCACAAAACUUGGCUGAGAAAGAGACUCUUUCAUUUCUAGAGACAUCAGCAUUGGAAGCCUUGAAUGUUGAGAAAGCAUUUCAAACCAUUUUGUUUGAUAUAUAUCAAAUUCUAAGUAAAAAGGCGCUUGCAGCACAAGAAUCGGCUACUACUACUAGCCUUCCUCAUGGUACUACCAUUAAUGUGUCUAAUAUGUCUGGUAGUGUUGAAAAGAAAUCUUGUUGCUCCAAUUAA